GCAUGUGAGGAAGUUGAAGGGGAAUCAGUCGUUUAUGAAAUAGUAAUGAGGAACAUCGGGUCUGAAUGAGCAAAAAUUCAGUUUUUAAAAAACAAGUGAGAAGAAAUGUUUGCAGCGAUAAUCACAACCUUGACUCUGUCCGUCUGUGCAGUGGGUGCAGACAAACCUGUCCUUAUCCAGUCCCCGAGCAUACAGCGUGUCACUGAGGGUCACACGGCGUGGUUUUGCUGUACCAUCAGCAAUAUCAGACCAGAAGACACUGACCUCCACUGGUAUCGGAAACUACCUGGGCAGGACAUGACGACCAUGGAGUUGGUUUCUACACACAGGGCAGGAGGCAGCACAGAGAGGGUACAGGGUUACUCUGAGAGGUUCCAGUCCUACAGAGACACGUCCAACAGCAGCUUCACCCUGACAGUCACAGACGUGGUGCACAGUGAUUCUGCCGUCUAUUACUGCAGAGUGUGGGGAGACAUCCACGGGAACGGCACCCAGCUCAUCGUAACCAAUCCCGCGGAUGAUCCCGUCCUUGUGCAGGAUCCACCAAUCAGCAAGGUGCCGGAGGGUGUAACUGUCCAGCUCCACUGUGCCUUGUAUAAUGCCAGUGUGACUGUCACCGAUGUCCAGUGGUACCACCAGCGGCCGGGGAACAAGAACGAGUGGGCGUUGAGUCACUUUGUGAAUGACUCUGCGAGCAGGUCUGGGUGUAUCUCUGACCGUUUUCAGUCUUACAGGAAUGUCGUGAGUAACAGUUACAUUCUGACCAUCAGUAACACAUCUAUUAGUGACACUGCAGUGUACAACUGCAGUGUGUGGAGUUACAUCUACGGAGGAGGAACACAGCUCAAUGUAACUGAUGAAGGUGGGUCUUCGAAAGUCUUGGCCAGUAUUCUCGUCAGUAUCCUCGUACUCGUCCUCUUAUUCUGCAUCUUGAUAACAACAAUAUGCUAUAUGAAAAAAUGGGCAUGUUUUCAACAGAGAUUGACACCAGAAGGGUGCUCUACUGAGGCUAUGAACACAGUGUAUGCCACAGUUACAGCUGAAACCAAGAAGAAAACACAGGCAACAACAACUGUUACUGCAUCAGAGGAAUCAGAGAUGUGUUAUGCUGAUAUCCACUUCCGACAGAAGAAGACAGCUCCAAAAAUUAAAGUCACUGAGGAAACAACUGAAUAUGCCGUCAUCAAACGUGACCAGUGACCAAAAAUAAUUCUUCAUCAGCUGCAGGUUAUUAAAGUGUGUGCUUCUUGCUGCUAAAAAUCAGCACACAGGACUCCAGAACGUCACAUCUCGCAACUUCCACCAACUACAACAUGAUCUUACACUCACCACAUCCUCCCCUCCCCGCCCCUUUCUGCUUUCCACAGUGAUCACUCUGUCUACAAUUUCCUGGUCUGCCAUCUCUCCCCACCCAUUUCUUCCCAUCUCCAGGGGCUUCCCCUGCAACUGUAGGAGAUCAAACCCAUCACAAAUUCACAGUCAAACAGCAAGGAAACAGGCCAUUUUAAAUAACAUUAAUGUAUCUGCCUCAACCACUCGCCCUGGCAGUUCAUUUCAUAUACUGACCACUCUCCGGAUAGAAACACUGCCCCUCAGGUUCCUAUUAAACUUCUCCCCUCUCACCUUAAACCUGUACUCUCUAGUUCUGGGAAAAGUACUCUACACAUUGAGUAUCUCUUCCCCUUGUGAUUUUAUACACCCCUCAAUCUCCUACACUGCAAUGAAUAAAGCCCCAACCUGCUCAACCACUCUCCAUAACUCAGUCCCCUGAGUCCUGACAAUAUCCUCCAUCUGCUCUUUUCCAAUGAGCAACAACAAAACUAAAGACCAAACUCCAAAUGUGGCUUCACUUCCACGUCCACCCUCAGCACCAUCCAGGGCCUGAAGCAGCCCUUCCCUUAUGAGGUGGGCAUUAUUGCAUCUCCUCCAGCAUUAGCGGUUGCACCUGGGCCUCCUCUACCUCAGUGAGAACAGGUACAGACGGGGUAAUCGCUUUGUUCAACACCAACAUUCCUUCCUCCAGAAAUGACCCAUUUAUGUCCUUCUCCACUACCUGACAAUCCUUUAAAAUUGUGCAGUAUCUGUGCUUAUUGAAUGGCUUCUGAAACUCCAAAUACAAUGAAUAGACUGGAUCAGAUUUACCCUGCUUCCUACAUCCAUAAAGGAUGGACUGAAACAUUUUCUAAAUGUCCUGAUCCGACUUGGGAAGAUGGAGCCCCCAUCCGUUGAUCUGGGUCGACCAUGGAUGUUGCAUUCCAGCUGUCUACGUUGGAUACACACGCCAGUCAGAAAGCCACGACAGUAUGAUAUGGAGAGUAAGUUGUUGCCUGGGCAGCGGGUUCCCCCUCUCCACACAGCACAUAAAUCCAAAUGAACAGCAGAGACCGAUACCGUUCAGCACCAGUGGUGUCGCAGGAGUUGCCUGUCAGCAUUGAGCUCAAUGUAGUGGCCUUAAAAACUCCAGAUCUGGAUUUUCCUCAGGGUUACUCCCGAUGAUUUCCCCAUGAGUGGGUACAGUUGUGAGGCAGCAGAGGUUUGAGAUCAGAGUUUUCCUUCUCUAUGAACUGCCAACUUCAGCUGACAAGCCCCAUCUCCUGAAGCGAUUGGUUUUAAGACAGCAGUAAACUGCCCUUACCCCUUCUCCUGUCAGUAGAAAUGGUUUCACUGGAUUCAGUAGCUAAGCUGACACGAGGAAAUCUGCAGAUGCUGGAAUUUCAAGCAACACACAUCAAAGUUGCUGGUGAUCGCAGUAGGCCAGGCAGCAUCUCUAGGAAGAGGUACAGUCGACGUUUCGGGCUGAGACCCUUCGUCAGGACUAACUGAAGGAAGAGCUAGUAAGAGAUUUGAAAGUGGGAGGGGGAGGGGGAGAUCCAAAAUGAUAGGAGAAGACAGGAGGGGGAGCGAUGGAGCCAAGAGCUGGACAGGUGAUUGGCAAAAGGGAUAUGAGGGGAUCAUGGGACAGGAGGCCCAGGGAGAAGGAAAAGGGGGAGGGGGAAGCCCAGAGGAU